UGUAAAAGAAGCCUGUGUUUACUAAAGAAUUCAAGUCCCACCUAUUCCUAAACGUACAGACAAAAAGGAUCGGACGUAGGAAACGAAGAUGGAAAAGUGUCUUGAAUAUCUACCAAUAAAAAGCUUUCCCUGGUUUGAAAGUCUGAUGCUUAUUCUAUUUGGCGUAUUUGGCACUUUUGUGAUUGGUUUAUCAGUAAAUUCAAACAGUCAUAAUUCAUUUCAUUGUUUUAAUGAGAUUAUAUCAAAGACCAAAGAAACCUCUCUUAUAAAGAACAUUGAAUCAAGUUGUUGGAGACAAUACAAAAACGAUUUACUGUACAACCAGCCUAUUGUUCUGAUGGUGACCUUAAAUGUGAGUGUUGUCUUAGUUUUGAGUGUCGUCUAUGGAUAUUUUGUGAAGCAUCGAGUUAAAAGGUUUGAAAACGUUGAUCCAUCAGUUAACAGUGAUAGUGAUAGUGAAAAUUUAUUGGCACAAUAUCCUCAAGACGCUCAGUUCAGAAACGCUUCAUUUAAUGAUCGAUUUUGCCUUUAUUUAACAUACAUUUUAUAUUUAACUAUUCGGCUUAUCAGUUUGAUCAUAUUUGUUGCCAUACUUUUCAAGGCAAAAUUUCCCAACAACUUCACCUGUUCGUGGCAUGAAAUGUCAAAGCUUUCACUUCGUUCAACGUCACAAUUCUCAAUUGUAAAAAUGAUGGUGGGGAUAAAAGUGAAACCAUUUUCUAUGUUGUUGCAGCUGCUGAUGUUGUUUUGAUGAUACUGACAAUUUUUGAGUUAAUAUAUUUGGCUUAUAUGUUCUACAAUUUCAGAAUUUUUGCUUCAGAAAACGAAUUUUUCACGGUUUUCAUCUUGCAAAACGUAGUGUGUUUCCUAAACGAAUGAAAAGAAUUAAAAAAACCUACAAAGAAUUUGAAAUAUUUGAAGACUUUGGUGGUGAUAAAAAGGACUGGCGCAAGCUUCACGAUAUUUAUGUGAACGUCAUAAUGCAAACAGAAAGGCAACAUACGAACGCUUACCCAGAAACUUUUGAAAGGCAUGAAAUUUUUAAUUGUCAUUUCGACAUUCAAAGCAAUUCCCAAAAGUUGACAAAAGUGACGGAAAUUUUUAAGCCAAUCAAGGGUGAACAAGAGUUGUUAUAUCCACGUUCUAUUUUGGUUAUUGGUAGGCCUGGAAUCGGUAAAACUAUGCUAACAAACAAAAUUAUGCAUGAAUGGAAAAACAAUGAAGAUGAAUUUUGGCAUGACAAAAUAGUCUUGUUAUUGCGAUGUCGUGCUCUAAAAACUGGAUCAAUAACACUGAAAAGUAUGUUAAUUGAUUGCGAUGGAUUGUCAUGCACGCUGUUUCCUCAAAUUUACGAAGAUAUACUUAAUUAUCCAGAAAAAGCUGUCUUGAUCAUUGAUGGUCUUGAUGAAUUGUCUAUAGAAAAUGAAGGUGGAAGAACCGCUGGCCCUGUAAAACAUGAUGCUAAAAUGCCAGCAUUUCAACUUUUAAGUAUGUUAGUAAAAGGAGAUCUGCUACAUGGUAGCACUGUUCUUAUAACAUCACGACCUACAGGAACAUGCGUUUGAAAGCUAAAAUUUAGCAGGACUAUCGAGAUUUUGGGCUUUUUUGAGGAUCAGAUGAAGGAAUAUGUCGGCAAAUUUUGCCAGGAAGAUAAGCGUAGCAGAGAUUUUAUUUUGAAUUGUAUCGAUAGCUCUAAUGAAAUUCGUAGCCUCUGCUAUAUCCCCGUCAAUGCAUACAUUGUCUGUCUGACCCUAAAAGAAUGCUAUAUAAAUGAUGCAAAAUUUAUUCCAAAAACUACCACUGAAUUGUACAAAAGAGCAGUCAAGAUCUUAAUUUGGAGGCACCAUCCACUUUGUAAAGAUGGAUCAAUACCAAAGCCUAACAAAGGAUAUCUGGUCAAAGAUUUGCCGAAAGAACUUGAGAAUGACAUGAAGAUAUUGAAAAUUUGGCAAAAAAGGAAUUAUAAACGACGUGAUCUUUAUUGUUUUCUGCACUUGACUCUUCAAGAAUUUCUUACUGCAUGGUGUGUUGUUGACGAUUGGCAAAACAUUGAAAGGUUUUGGGAUGAUCAUGCUGAAGAUCCAAAAUGGUACAUGGUGAUGGAGUUUAUUGCUGGUUUAGUCGGAGAUGCAAAGAAAAGAGAAAAGAUUGAAGACUUCAGUGUUUUUACAAACAGGUUAAAAAGUUGGAUCUCACAUUUAUUUUUCUCUGAGGGUAAUAAAGCACUUGGUUUUUUUGGAAUGAAGUGCUUAUACGAAUUACAAGACGACGAUGAGAUGAGAUCAGCUUCAAAAGCAUGCAAUGUAGUCUCUUUGAAAAUUAAUUCAUGUCGUGUCAAUGAUAUAUCAAAACAUCUUAGUGAAGCUUUAAAAAGCGAAAAUUGUAAACUUAGUGAAUUGGAAAUUAGGAAAAACAAUUUAGGUAAAGAAGGUGCUAAAUAUCUUAGUGAAGCUUUAAAAAGUAAAAACUGUAAACUAAGUGAAUUGGAUAUUCGUUUUAAUAAACUUAAAGAUCAAGGUGCUAAUUUGCUUAUUCAAGCUACGAAAGAUGAGAACUGUAAACUUACUAAAUUAAAGAUUUGUGGCAACAAUAUAAGUAAACAAAGUGCUAAAUCUUUUACUGAAGCUUUAAAAAGUCAAAAUUGUAAACUUACUGAACUUGAUAUUCACUUUCACACCCUAACCAAUGAAAAUACACAAUCACUUAGCAAAGCCUUAGAAAGUGAGGAUUGUAAAUACGCUGAACUCUUUAUUCUUGAAAUCUUUCUAACUGCGAAAGAGGCUAAAUGUUUCAGCGAAGCUUUAAAAAGUAAGACUUGUAAACUUAUUAAACUGGAUGUUAGUAAUACUAAAAUAGCAGCUGAAGCUGCCAAGUAUCUUAGUGAAGCUUUGACAAGUGAGAAUUGUAAGCUUACUGAAUUGGCUCUUAAUCAAAACAAUAUAGAUUAUGAGGGUGCAAAAUCUCUUAGUGAAGCUUUGAAAAGUGAGAAUUGUAAACUUACUAAAUUGUCUCUUAAUCAAAAUAAUAUAGGUGAUGAAGGUGCAAAAUCUCUUAGUGAAGCUUUGAAAAGUGAAAAUUGUAAGCUUACUGAAUUAGAUCUUUCUUUUAACAAAAUAGGUGAUGAGGGUGCAAAAUCUCUUAGUGAAGCUUUGAAAAGUGAGAAUUGUAAGCUUACUGAAUUGGAUCUUUCUUUUAACAAAAUAGGUGAUGAGGGUGCAAAAUCUCUUAGUGAAGCUUUGAAAAAUGAGAAUUGUAAGCUUACUGAAUUGACUAUUUAUCACAACAAUAUAAGUGAUAAAGGUGCAAAAUCUCUAGGUGAAGCUUUGGAAAGUGAGAAUUGUAAGCUCACUAAAUUGAAACUUGGUGAUAACAAUUUGGGUAAUGAGGGUGCAAAAUCUCUUAGCGAAGCUUUGAAAAGGGAGAAUUGUAAGCUUACUGAAUUGGAUCUUUCUUUUAGCAAAGUUGGUGAUGAGGGUGCGAAAUUUCUUAGUGAAGCUUUAAAAAGUGAGAGUUGUAAGCUUACUGAAUUGGCUCUUAAUAGAAACACUAUAGGUGAUGAGGGUGCAAAAUCUCUUAGUGAAGCUUUGAAAAGUGAGAAUUGUAAGCUUACUGAAUUGGCUCUUAAUAGAAACAAUAUAGGUGAUGAGGGUGCAAAAUCUCUUAGUGAAGCUUUGAAAACUGAGAAUUGUAAACUUACUGAAUUGUCUCUUGAAAAUAACGAUAUAGGUCAUGAUGGUGCAAAAUCUCUUAGUGAAGCUUUGAAAACUGAGAAUUGUAAACUUACUGAAUUGUCUCUUGAAAAUAACGAUAUAGGUGUUGAGGGUGCCAAAUCUCUUAAUGAAGCUUUGAAAUGUGAAAAUUGUAAGCUUACUGAAUUAGAUCUUUCUUUUAACAAAAUAGGUGAUGAUGGUUUAAAAUCUCUUAUUGAAGCUUUGAAAAGUGAGAAUUGGAAGUCCGCUGACUUGAAUCUUAGUGGUAACAAUUUGGGUGAUGAGGGUGCAAAUUCUCUUAGCAAAGCUUUGAAAAGUGAGAAUUAUAAACUUACUAGUUUAAAUCUUACAAGCAAUCAAAUAGGAGAUAAAGGGGCAAAAUCUCUUAGUGAAGCUUUGAAAAGUGAGAAUUGUAGACUUACUGAAUUGGCUCUUUCUUUUAACAUGAUACGUGAUGAAGGUGCAAAAUCUCUUAGUGAAGCUUUGAAAACUGAGAAUUGUAAACUUACUGAAUUGUCUCUUCGUAUUAACAAUAUAGGUGAUGGAGGUGCAAAAUCUCUUAGUGAAGCUUUGAAAAGUGAGAAUUGUAGGCUUACUGAAUUGGAUCUUUCUCAUAACAGUAUAGGUGAUGAAGGUGCAAAAUCUCUUAGUGAAGCUUUGAAAAGUGAGAAUUGUAAACUUACUGAAUUGGGUCUUUCUUAUAACAGUAUAGGUGAUGAAGGUGCAAAAUCUCUUAGUGAAGCUUUGAAAAGUGAGAAUUGUAAACUUAGUAAAUUGUCUCUUUCUGAUAACAAUAUAGGUGAUGGAGGUGCAAAAUCUCUUAGUGAAGCUUUGAAAAGUGAGAAUUGUAAGCUUACUGAAUUGGAUCUUUCUCAAAACAGUAUAGGUGAUGAAGGUGCAAAAUCUCUUAGUGAAGCUUUGAAAAGUGAAAAUUGUAACCUUACUGAAUUGGGUCUUUCUUAUAACAAGAUAGGUGAUGGAGGUGCAAAAUCUCUUAGUGAAGCUUUGAAAAGUGAGAAUUGUAAACUUACUAAAUUGUCUCUUUCUGAUAACAAUAUAGGUGAUGAAGGUGCAAAAUCUCUUAGUGAAGCUUUGAAAAGUGAGAAUUGUAAACUUACUGAAUUGGAUCUUUCUCAUAACAAUAUAGGUGAUGAAGGUGCAAAAUCUCUUAGUGAAGCUUUGAAAAGUGAGAAUUGUAACCUCACUGAAUUGAAUCUAAGUGUUAACAAUAUAGGUCAUGAGGGUGCAAAAUCUCUUAGUGAAGCUUUGAAAAGUGAGAAUUGUAAGCUUACUAAAUUGGAUCUUUCUUUUAACAAAAUAGGUGAUGAGGGUGCAAAAUCUCUUAGUGAAGCUUUGAAAAGUGAGAAUUGUAAACUUACUAAAUUGUCUCUUAAUAUUAACAAUAUAGGUGAUGAAGGUGCAAAAUCUCUUAGUGAAGCUUUGAAAAGUGAGAAUUGUAAACUUACUAAAUUGUCUCUUGAAAAUAACAUUAUAGGUGAUGAAGGUGCAAAAUCUCUUAGUGAAGCUUUGUACAGUGAAAAUUGUAAGCUUACUGAAUUAGAGCUUUCUUUUAACAAAAUAGGUGAUGAAGGUGCAAAAUCUCUUAGUGAAGCUUUGAAAACUGAGAAUUGUAAAUCUACUGAAUUGUCUCUUAAAAAUAACGAUAUAGGUGAUGGAGGUGCAAAAUCUCUUAGUAAAGCUUUGAAAAGUGAGAAUUGUAAAGAUAUUAAACUGGAUAUUAGUCAAAUUAAAAUAACAAAGUAAGGUGCGAAGUAUCUUAAAGCUUUGAAAAGUGGGAAUGAUAAACUUACUGACAUUAGAUAUAAAAUUCAACCGUUUAUUGCAUAAAUUAAUUUGCUAAUUACAUUAAGCAAACUUAAAAAAUAUAUAUUUGACCUUACAGUGAAAACAGCCAGUAAUCAUAUUUUGAUAAAAUUAAUUGAAUUGUCCUUUUUUUGGGGUGUAAAAAGCACUUGUUUUAUAUCAAUUUAUGGUCUUUGCAUAGCAUUCAAUGUUGAAUCAAUGUUCUACCUAAGAAAUAUUUUAAUCAAAUUAUUUGACACAUUGUUA